UAGUGGGCGAAGCCGUGAAGCUAACAUCAGGGCUCAAUGCGAUGUAGUGGACGAUGCAUCCGAGAACGCUCGCGGCUCGCUGGGCGUUCAGUACGAUUUGAAUCUGAGGCCCUCGAUCGAACAAAUCUCAUAACGCAUUCUCUCCCCCGCAUCCCAUCUCCUGAUUGCCUUGCCAGUGUGUAUCCUGCAUUACAAACAACAUGUCGCUUGUCCUCCCAGGGGAGCAUGUUCCCGCGCAACACGUCAAUCUCAAGCUAGGCCCCGGACUGCUGCAGCAGUCAAGCCCCGGCGGGGAGUCGUCGAUCAUCGCGACCCGCGCCGGCGAGCUCAACCACUCUGCCAACCGCGCGCGGUGGUGGGUCGAGAGCAAUGCGCGGCGGUACGUCCCUGCGCCGCAGGAGUCGGUGAUCGGCGUGGUCAUUGCACGGAGUGGGGAGAACUGGAGGGUGGACAUCGGGGCGGCGCAUAUGGCGAACCUGGACGGGCUGGCGUUCGAGGGGGCGACGAAGCGGAAUAGACCGAACCUGAAGGUCGGGUCGCUGCUAUAUGCACGCGUUUCGCUCGCGCACAAAGACAUGGAGCCCGAGCUGGAGUGCUUCGACGCGCAGACACGCAAGGCGGAGGGGUUCGGCGAAGUCAAAGGGGGAUUCGUCGUGCAUUGCAGUCUCAAGAUGUGUCGCCAACUACUCGACCCCAAACAUUUCCUGCUCCCGAUGCUAGGCUCGCGAUUCCCGUUCGACGCGGCGACGGGGCUCAACGGGCGUGUAUGGGUCAACGCGAAGGAAGCGAAGCACAUCAUCGCCGUCUCGAGAUGUAUAGAGGCCGUGGACCCGGACGGCGGAGGGAUGAGCGAGGCUGAGAUGAAGAAGUUCCUUGGUACACUCGAUAUAUAGUGGUAAAUAGUCCAUGAGGUCGCGGUCGCAUAGCAUAGCACAUGUAUGAUACAUAAUAGUCGCAUAAUGAUACAACAGUCUCGAAACAAAGGUCAUUACAUACCCACGGCAAUCUAUCUGCCAUAUGGAGAUGUCUCCGCGGUCGCCUCCUCCUCGCCCUCACACGACAGCUGCACCAGCUUAAUCGUCAUCCGCCAGACGUGCCCUCUUCGUCGGUCU